AAGGACCACUACUGAGCAAAAUAAUGGUAUUGCAGAAAAAAAAAAAGUUGGUACAAUCUAGGCUUUGGAAUGAAUUAGGUUUGAAAGUCGAUAAAGUUAUUCAGGGAAGAGGUACUUCCAAUACUGGAAAUGUUGCUCGUAGGUUUUUUAAAAACACUGAUAAGGUGUCUGAGAUAACCGGAGUUGAUAUCAAUUUGUUGAAUAGAUUUUCUGUCAUUUUAACGACUAUGUCUAGUGGUUUAGAAAUAAACCACGAACGAUUUGACAAGUACGCAAAAGAAACUGCUGAGCUAUAUGUCCAACUUUAUAAUUGGUAUCGUAUGCCUCCAACCAUACACAAAAUAUUAAUGCACGGCUCAUUAAUAAUACAGUAUGCCCUUGUUCCGAUUGGCCAGUUAUCGGAGGAAGCUCAAGAGGCACGAAACAAGGACUACAUUCGAUGUAGAAAACAUCAUUCAAGACAUAAUUCACGUUUAAAUACCAAUACAGAUCUUUUCAAUUUUCUUUUAGUAACAUCUAAUCCUAAAAUAACCUCAUUAAGAACCGAACCUAAAAAAAACUCCAACUAAAUUACCUCCAGAAGUUAUAUACUUAUUGAACAUUGAAAAAUCAUGUGAUGAAUCCGAAUCCAGCGGUAGUGAAAGUGAUUCCAAUUGAUUUUAAUAUUUGUUAAUAAAAAAUAAAAUUUAAAAAUAUCUUUUUUUUUUUAAUUUCUAAACAUAAGUAA